AUGGAUAAAAAUAUAAAAAAUGCAGAACAUACAACUACACAUACUCCACCAAAAGUACAUGAAACAAAUUCUAACGAUGUGGGAAAUAUAAAUUAUAACAAUUCUUACUAUAAUGGUGUGCUUCCUAUGGGUAUCAACAGUAAAAAUAAUUUUGGAGAAUGCUUCCCAAACAAUCCCAAUCUUACCAAUAACAAUAACAUGUAUGGUGCAUUAGAUAAAUAUUUAAUAAAUUAUAAUUAUGUCGACCCAUCAUAUUAUUCUAUAAACCCUAAUGCCAUAAUUAAUAUGGGAAAUCCUAUAUAUUCAAUGGGAAAUCAAGGGAAUAAUUCUUAUAGUAAUUCUGUGGAUAUGUAUCAAAAUAAAAUUAGUGAACAAUAUAAAUAUAAUUAUAAUAAUUUAGAUCCAAACAUAAAUAAUUCUUUACAUUAUAAUAUCCAAGGAAAUAAAUUUCUGACUAAUUUUAACCAACCCGUCUCAUCCACUUUUAAUAAUAAUAACAAUAUUGAAGAUAAGAAAAAUGUUUUAGAAAUGACAAAUACAUCUACUUAUAAUGUUAAUAAUUUAUUAAGGAAUAAUAUUUUAUCAUCAGAAUAUUUUAGAUCAUUAAUAACUCUUAAAACAUUUAAAGAAGUCUUAGAUGAAAUUCUUUCAUAUGCUGAUCAUGCUGAACCAUAUUGCAUUGGAAGUACAAGAGCACCUUCGACACUUUUUUGUUGCCUCUAUAAAUUGUUUACCAUGCAUCUGUCGAAAAAGCAACUAAAAAGUUUAAUUGAAAAUAAAGAGUCAUGUUAUGUUCGCGCGUGUGGAUUUUUAUAUUUGAGAUACGUCCACUCCCCUUCCAACCUAUGGAUGUGGUUUGAACCAUACAUGCUUGAUGAUGAAGAAUUUACAGUUUCUGCAGAUAAAAGAAAAUUAAUGACAAUAGGAGAGUAUGUCCAAAGCUUAUUAUAUGAUGAUAAAUAUUUUAAUACAGUUUUGCCAAGGCUUCCAAUAAAAAUAAAAAAUAUUUAUGGUGCACGUCUUAUGCUUAUGAAUGAUCAUAGAAAACGACAUAAAAAAAAUAAAGAACAAAUAUCAAAAUUUGUAAAGGGAGAACAUAUUAUGGCUUAUGUCAAUGGAGAAUGGGAAAAAGGCGAAAUUGGCGGUAUAGUAAAUCAAGGGAAAGAAAAAGUUUUUAUUAGAAUCAGGAAAAUUGACGGAAAUGAAAAAAUUGUUCAUCUAGGAUAUGUCAAAUUAAUAUCUAAAGAUUCGGAAAAAGGUAAGGGUAACGAUAGACGCUCAAGUGUCGAGAGAAGCAAAGGCAGAGGAAGAGACAAAGACCGAAGCAGAGAUAGAAGCAGAGAUAGAAGCAGAGACCGAAGCAGAAACCGAAGUAGAGACCGAAGCAGAGACCGAAGCAGAGACAGAAGCAGAGACCGAAGAAGAAGAAGGCGACGAAGCCGAGAUAGAAGCCGAAGCAGAAGCCGGGAUAGAAGAAGAAGAAGAAAAAGAGACAAUGAUGAACGAGAUAAUUCGGUGCAUAAUAAAUCAGAAGAUGAUUAUAUUCGUAAUAAAUCAAACAAACAUAAUAGAAGGUCAAGGGAUAGGUCACAUAGAAAAAGAGAUCGAUCAAUAUCAAGUUCGGAAUCUGAUAAAAAAGGAAGAUAUAGAAAAGAAAAAGAUGAAAAUACAGAAGAUGAACUAAUUAAUAAAUUUCGAAAAAUUGAAAGUCAAAAAGCUCUUGCAACUGGAAAAGAUUAUGCCCGUCGACCAACUUCUUAUAAAUCAUCACUUACAAUAAAAGUAGAAAAUAUAUAUAGCCGAAAAAAAAAGAGAUCAAUAUCCCCUAAAAGAAUAGAAAUACCUGCACAAACAAAUCAAAAUGAUAAAAAAAAUACCGAAAAUGUAGUUCCAGAAAAUUCAAAACUUAAAGAAUUAAUGGAAAGAUACAAUAAAGUUGAUAAUAGCAUGAACAGAAUGAGUAAUGACGAUUUAGAAGAAAUGGAUGUCAUGAAAUUGGGAUAA